UGAAUCGAUAUUUAUUAUCCUGUAAUGAAACAUUACUUGUUCGAGCGUCCAGCUCACAAAAUUGUAGAGGUCAACUCUGCAAGCAAGUUAAUUUGUUUGAAACAAUCAAAAUACAGGUAGAGAUCAAAAUCAUUUCAAAUCGAAGUCCAUUCUAAUAGUUGGGACUUUUUUGCUCUGAGCGUUUAACUUCAGGUUAAUUUGUGUAAAUGGGAGUGAAAGGACUGCAGUCUUACUUGGAGAAGGGCUGUGGCGGAAGCGGAGCGUUCUUUCCGGUAGACAUCAAAGAAGUAGUCAAGCAGUUCAAACAAACUGUUCAUGCUGCAGAAACGCGCCCACCUUGGAUUGUGGUCGACUCUAGUUGUACAUUUCCUAAUGUGUAUAGAGAGGGAGGCAUUAAUGGAAUUUGCGGAUAUCAGUAUGCUGCCUACGAGAGAAUAAUUGUCGGCUUCGUGAAGUCCUUCAGAAAUAUAGGAGUUGAGCCCAUUUUCUUUUUUGAUGGACCUUCUUUAAUUCAGAAACGGAAUGAGUGGAUCCAGCGAAAAGUUCAAACAUACUACUUUUAUCAGGAGUUGAUGACUCAAAUUUGGAAUGGCAAAUACAAAGGAGACCAGGCUGAUUAUGUAAUCUCCCCGUGCGGAAUCGACAUGUUCGAGAGAUAUGUUCUGUCCGAGGUGUGCAACUGCAAAGUUAUAGUCAGCUUGGAGGAAUGUGACGAAGAAAUAGCUCUGUUUGCCAAGCAAAAUUCGAACGUAGUUGCUAUUUUAUCACAAGAUAGUGACUUUGUCAUAUUCAAUGCGGCCGGGUACAAUCUCUCCGCAUAUCACUUGGAUGUGACUGCACUCACCACUAAGGCAUAUAGCAGUGUGCGUCUGGCAGAAUUGCACGAUCUAGACCAAUGUUGGCUGCCAGCAUUGGCCACUCUGCUGGGAAAUGACCUUCUGCUGAAAGAACAGCUCAAGUGGUUCCAUCUUCGCAUUACCCACUGGAAGGGGCGAGGAUAUCCUAGAUUCCAAGUACUCAUCACAGCUGUAACGGCAGUUAUCAAAAAAAAUUUGAAAAAGGGAAUGUCCGUGGAUGAAGUAAGUGAAAUUUUGAACAUGGAGGUGUUCGGAUGUAACCGAACUCAACAAACCUACAAUUCCAUCAAGAUAUCUUUGCAAACUUACCUUUUGGACAACGCUCGAGUGAAUGAGAAAAACAAAUCUAAGUAUAAUGGUGGUUCACCUGAGUUAAUUCAUCUUUUGAUGUCAAGCUGGAAUAUUGCGCCACUGACUUUACAGGUCUUGCUGCAAUAUUCCAUGUGUUUCCGCAAUGCAUUCGAAGAUCUCAACUCUGGACUGAAGCCGACUGCCGUGAUAUACCGAGAAGCAGUUUCACGAUACUGUGGCAUACUUCUCAAACAUGAGGAGACGAAUCCAAAAAGGAAAACUAUCGAUGAGUUUGCAGUAUAUUCAGAGAAUUCGGUCAUGCAGUGUACUAAGAUUCCUGUAGUCUUCCCCCCUUUCGAGUUGGACUUAUUACUACUCUUUACUUCUACAGAUAUGUUUUCCAGGUCUUUGAGAGUGAAAACGUUACUUUGGGCCUUAACAGGAAGUGAAAGAUUCAGUUCACAGUUCUUCACAGACGCAGAAAAAUUGCUGCAAAAAAUAAAGCCCGAUUAUAUUAUCCCGACUCUCGUCUUAUACUUUUUGCACAAGAUCGAACAAACGAUAAACCUAACAGUGAUUGACAUGUUUGUAAGGAUGUUUAUAGUAUUGGAUUUGGGUUACUAUUCAGAUAGUUCCGAGUUCUAUCGUUGUCCUAACUACGAUGCAAUCCAUUUGUGCACUUUGUUCGACUGUGGCGUACAAACUGUGUCCUGCAUACUUUCAGUGUUAGGGCCCGCAUUCCCCUCAGAGGUCUUCGCGCGGUCAAAAAACUUAGACGGAACCCUGUUCCAAAAAGUUUACGAAGGAGAAUAUAGCUUGAAAACGUUGCUUGAAAAUGAAAGAGCAAAAGGAAUUAGGUCUCCCAUUCUGGAUUUCAUGAAACUAAAUUUAGAGUAGCUUAAGUAGGAUUUUUGUUCCGACCAUUUACGUAUUUGUUCCGACUUUGUAAUCGGAUGUUUUAGUAUUUUAUUUACUUUUUGUUUUCCACCAAAAAUCAGGUACAACAAAAAAUGUUCGGAUUGAGUCGAUUCGAUAUAUUAUAUUGAACCCCUUUCA